AUGGUCGCCGUCAGAAACAUCCCCGUCAUCUCAGCCAUGAUGCUCAGCAUCGCUGACCAGGCCCUCGCUGCCCCCGUGGCCGGCGCCGUCGUCCUCAUGUCCGAGACUGAGGCCGCCGUGCCCGCCAUUGAAGCCCGCGGCAUCGACGAGCGCAGCCCAAAGAACGGACAGUGGAGGGGCCUUCUGCACCACGCUGUCAACGUGGUCGGCGGACACGUGGCCAACAAAAAGGGCCGCCGCGACCUCGAAGUGGACGACCUGAUUGAGCGCGAGCUGGAGGCCCUCGACGAGCGGGAGGUCGACGAGCUCGAGGAGCGCGAUCUUGCCGAACGCAGCCCCAAGAACGGACAAUGGAGGGGUCUUCUGCACCAUGCCGUCAAUGUGGCCGGUGGACACAUGGCCAACAAAAAGGGCCGUCAUGACCUUGAGUAUCUCGACGAGCGCGACCUUGACCAGCUUCUUGAUGAGCGCGGACUUGAUGCGCGCAGCCCCAAGAACGGUGCCUGGAGGGGUUUGGCACACCACGCGAUCAAGGUUGUUGGGGGGAGCGUGGCUCGUCACAAGGGUCGCCGCGACUUGGAGUUCCUGGAUGAGCGAGACGCUGAAGACCUCGAGGAGCGCGAUCUCGACGAGCGUAGCCCCAAGAACGGACAAUGGAGAGGUCUCCUACACCACGCUGUCAAGGUUGUCGGGGGACACAUGGCCAACAAGGGGCGACGUGACGUCGAGGCGGAGGAGCUGCUCGUCCGUGCAUUGGAGUCCCUUGACGAGCGUGGUCUUGAUGAGCGCAGCCCCAAGAAUGGUCAGUGGAGAAAGCUUGCUCACCAUGCCAUCAACGUCGUCGGAGGCCACAUGGCUCGCAAGGGUCGACGUGAUCUUGAGAUGGAGGACCUGGUUGCGCGUGAGCUGGAGUCCCUCAAUGAGCGCGAUCUCGACGAGCGCAGCCCCAAGAACGGCCAGUGGAGGAAGCUUGCGCACCAUGCCAUCAACGUUGUGGGAGGAAGCCUGGCGCGCAACAAGGGCCGACGUGAUCUAGGAAUGGAGGAUCUGGUCGCUCGUGAGCUGCAGGUCCUGGAUGAGCGAGACCUUGAGUACAUUUACUCUCGCUACAUCCAGGAUAUGGAGAACAGCCAGGAGUAA